AUGUUCAGGAACCAGUACGACACAGACGUGACUACAUGGAGUCCCACGGGUCGUCUUUUCCAAGUAGAGUACGCCAUGGAAGCAGUGAAGCAAGGCUCCGCCGCAAUUGGACUCAGAUCUCGCUCCCAUGUCGUCCUCGCCUGUGUCAAUAAAGCCCAAUCGGAGCUCUCUUCUCACCAGAGGAAGAUCUUCAAAGUCGAUGACCAUAUCGGCGUCGCCAUCGCUGGUCUCACCGCCGAUGGUCGUGUUCUCUCUCGCUACAUGAGAUCUGAAUCGAUCAAUCACUCUUUCACCUAUGAGUCUCCUCUUCCCGUUGGCCGUCUCGUCGUUCGUCUAGCUGAUAAGGCCCAGGUAUGUACCCAACGGUCAUGGAAACGGCCUUAUGGUGUGGGUUUGCUGGUAGGUGGAUUGGACGAGUCAGGAGCCCACCUCUACUACAACUGCCCAAGCGGAAACUACUUUGAAUAUCAAGCGUUUGCAAUCGGGUCUCGCUCACAAGCUGCGAAAACUUAUCUUGAACGAAGAUUCGAGAGGUUCAAAGAAUCAUCAAGAGAAGACCUGAUAAAAGAUGCUAUUUUGGCCAUAAGGGAGACUUUGCAAGGGGAAACACUCAAGAGCUCGCUCUGCACGGUUUCUGUUCUAGGAGUCGAUGAACCGUUCCAUUUUUUGGACCAGGAAAGCAUACAGAAGGUGAUUGAUACGUUUGAGAAGGUUCCCGAGGAAGGAGAAGAUGCCGGUGAGGGUGACGCCGAGGCCGAGGGUGGUGCUGCUGCUGCACCGGCGGAACAAGGUGGUUCAGGUGAUCAAGAUGUAGCACCAAUGGAAAUGUGA